AGAGAAAACUAAAUUCAAUAUGGCGGCAGCCAGGCAUUCAGAAACAAGAAAGCUCCGCAGAGGCAAAGAAGGCACCCAAUUCAGCUCUCAAUUCAUACAGACACGAUCAGGAAGGCAGCUUGAAAAAGCUUGCGGUGAACAAUAUCCAAUAUUAAGACGAGUAAGAAAACCAAAGUCCCACUUAAACGCGGAAGAGGAGAAACAAAGUUGGGUUAACAGUGAAAUACACAAUGAUCGAAGCGUAACCACGGAUUCUACUCACUUGGAGUUUCUUAGGUACACGAAUUGCCCGACAUCAAAGUUACUGAUCACUGCGGAGAGCAUGGAGGUAGAAGAGAGACAUGCAAUGGGAAAUACAGUAGAUAACCCUCCAUUGUUUGACGGUGAAAAAGACUUCACAGAACACAAACGUGCACGGCGGACGCGAGCGCGGCAUACGUCAAUGCUGGAACGUCUGGCGCCCACACCUGGGUACGUUGAUAAAACGCCUGUGGACUUUGAGGGCGGUUCUCUGGCGCAGAGGCGAACGCCGCGAAUGGCGAGUUUGAACGCUGCGGCGAAAGUAAAUGUCUUUUUUGAACCUUCAAGUCCCUUGGCUGGACGGAGUAUGUUUGAAAUUCAACAGCACGCGACAAAGAAACCUCCUGGAAGGCUUUCAUCAGAAAGGAAGCUCUCAGACAGAUCGAAUUCGAGUUCUAACGCGGCAUAUGGAGUCGACAUAAAAUUUGAUCGAGAGGAUUUUCCUGAGGCAGACGUGUUUCUACAGAGUGAAGUUACUUCCACAUGGGAUCCACCGGCGGGUGCUGGAGUGAUCGUCAGUCCUAAGGGACUGGGCAGCAAUCUCCAUACGGAACCUGCUGCUAAUAAUUUAGAAUUUGUUGCAAAUGGACACAAUGCGGGGAAAGAGAACCACAAGCGAAAACCGGAGGCAGAUUCGACCUCUGAAGGUGAUAGGAAAACGAAGAGGAUGUUCCUGGAAGGCAGUAAUGAGACAGAUAAUACUGCAGAGAAAGAAGAACUGAUGGAGUUUGAAGACGAGCAAGAAGAUAAGGACAUAGAAUGCGACACAACUACUGACUCACCACCAAAGACAAUGGUGGACGUGUGUAUCCAAGUAGACCUUCCACGUCCCCCGCUCAAACAUGUGCGUGUGCUCUCUGUACCAAUCAAAGGACAGCUUGUUACGUCAGGCGGUCCAGUACCCUUCACAAAGAGUCACUUGGUCACGCCUGUUACGCCAUCUAAACCUCCACCUGAACUUAAAAUGAGUAAGACGGCCACUACCAAGCGUGCUGUCGGGCUCAACCAUCAGGCCAUGGAGAACACAUUUUCCGCAAACGAUGGGCCCCUUGGCCGCUUUAAAUCAGUGAGCGGAUUGAUUAACGAGCGCAGUAAGGCCAGGAAAGCCAAAGAAUUCGUCAAUAAAAUGUCCGAGUCCUCAUCUUCUGUGAAGCUCAAGAUCCCUAAAAUAAACUUUGCGGCGACUUCCACGUCUACUAUGAGCGCGGGACGAAGCCGACCUGCGGGAAACCCGUUAAAGAGCAUUCAGCUAAAGAGCUUGAAUAUUCAUCUUGAGAAGCUGGCUGCCGAACGAGCCCGCGCGGAACCCAAACAACCCAAGAGAACGAAUGGUUGGAUGUUCAUUGGCGAUCCUAUAGACAAACCGUAUUGCUACGACGAGACUAUAGUGAUACGGCGUUACUACAGCGGUGUUCAGCGUGGAGAUGAGAUCAUCAAUGUACGUGACUCGGUUCUUCUCAAAUCAGGAACCCGGAAGAAGGAUCCACCUUUCGUUGCACGUGUUUCAGGGCUGUGGGAAGAAGAAGAAGGUCCGAACGCUGGCGAGAUGAUGAUGAGUGUGUUUUGGUAUUAUCGACCUGAGCAGACUGAAGUCGGGAGAAUUCCAAACUUUCAUGGCGAUAUGGAGGUGAUGGCAUCGAGACACAAAGAUGAUAACAGUGUAGCGUGUAUUGUAGACAAGUGCUACGUUCUGAGUUAUCCCGAAUACUGCAGGUUCCGUGCUCUUAACAGACUCUUUCGUGAAUUCAGAGAAGCUCCACUGUCUCCGGUUCCCCCAGGAGAAAGUACAAAGCCUGGCUCGGUUCCUCAGCCUCGAACAGAUCCCAAUCUAGUGUUCUUCUGCCGGCAGGUGUACGAUUAUCGUAUGGGUAGAAUCAUCAAAAACCCCGUGUGAUAUACUCCAGGAAUAACGAACUGGAAUUACCGUAGUUGUGGUGUGUGAUCUCAAUAUAAAUCACUGUGAUUACGUCUCAUUCUCGGGCAAAUCCUUUAACAUUACUGAACAAAUUCCUAUGAGGCAAAUAGCCAAGGCGAUUUAUGUGAUGGUCGAAUUCGAGUAGCCUUCGUUAAGAACGAAAAUUAUACUUGAUUACGAAACUUCAGGAGUUCAUUAAAAUAGGAUUUGCCUCUGAUAAUGCUUGAUAAUCGUAAAUUCUGACACGUCAGUUCUCUCCUGUUGUUUGAUUUAUACCAUUUGUGUCUAUUUAACCAGAAACUCGCUCAAAGCAAAUCUGUACACAGAAUUAUUUAUAGAAGGCAACUAAAACAGUUCACCUACCUUGAUAAUUGUGAAAUACAGUAUGCUUCUUGUAAAAUUA